UCUGCACCAUGAAGCACCUCCAUCUAAUCAUGUUCCUCUCUUCCGUCAUCCUCACCACAUCUGCUCAAGUUCAAGUAACACAAAAUGAAUUUGAGCGUGGUGUAACCUCAAAUUCCUUCUCGAAACCGAGUCAAAAGCAAUACAAUGGAUUCAUCAAGUCCUUAAAAGCAGGUGGAAUAACGACCAAAAUGGAAGCAGCCAUGUUUCUCGCACAACUGCUUCACGAAUCUGCUGGAUUAAAAAAGAAACGCGAAGAGGGCUGCAGUGGUCCCAACGGGUGCGCCAACAAAUAUCCGGAAUCAGGUGAAUGGAGGUCCGAAUGUCAAGGGAGCAGUCGUCCCCCCGGUGUGAGCUACUAUGGUCGCGGUUACAUCCAAUUAACGUGGUGUUCAAAUUACAUCCAAGCAUCCCAAGCACUCGGGAAAGGUGAUAAAUUAAAAUCCAGCCCAGACUCGGUCGCCACGUCGGAAGACCUUUCAUGGUCAGUGUCCGCCUGGUAUUGGAAAACUAAUGUGCACGACGCACUCGGUGGAUCGGAUAAAUUUGGACUCACGACUAAAGCGAUUAAUGGAAAAUUGGAGUGUAAUGGACAAAAUUUAAACCAAUCGAAACAAAGAUUUCGUUACUACACUAAAGUUUUUUCUGCUUUUAAACUGAAUGGGAAACCCGUGGAGAGUGGAUAUUAUUGAGUUUAGUUUAUACAAUUUUAUUCAUUUUAUUUCUAAAUUUUGUCAAAUUCGAUAUCGUUAAAAAAUUUCAACGCCUCCUUCGCUGCUACUUCCGGUGCUUCGUAGGAGAGGAAAUGACCACCUGAAUUGGGCGAUGAAAAAUGCUUCAAGUUUGGAAAUUUCGACAUCAGUCCAACUUCCGAGGCUGCUACUACAUCUUCUGGCGGAAUUACGCAGGCAGUUGGGGUCGUAACGGGGAUUCUGUUUUAUGGGAAAUUUUAGAAAAUAAUCAAUAAAUGUUAAUUGUAAAAAUCGUA